AUGAUCUAUGAAUUCUUUAAUAAAAAUGGUUAUUGUACCAAUAAUAUUCCAAGAAAAUAUAUAGUAAAAUUAAAACAUAACGAUGACGUAAAAGACUUUGAACGUUAUGAAUUUGUGACCUAUACGUUUAGAAGCUUUAAAUAUAUUUAUGAAAUGUUCUAUAAAAAGCAAAAAAAAGUAUUACAUUUAGAAAAAAUAAAAGAAUAUCUAGAUGAACGAGCAUUAGCCCAUUGGAUUAUGGAUGAUGGCGGGUAUACUGGAGCAGGUAUUAGAAUAGCAACAAAUGCCUUUACUUUAAAAGAAGUAAUGUUUUUGAAAGAGUUAUUAGAAGACAAAUUUAAAUUAAAAUGUACAAUUCAAGAGAUCUAUAUAAAAGAUAAAUGGUCAAUCUAUAUUACAAAAGACUCGAUGACUCAUUUAAUUUCUAUAAUUAAACCAUAUAUGCAUCCUAGCAUGUAUUAUAAAUUGGGAAUAAAAUAA